AUGGCCAUCAUCACCAUCAACGGCAACUCCCUCGACCCCGAGGCGCCAGCUCUCCAAGCCUUCGGUCUUGUCCAGGAGACUGCACAGGACUCGGACUACAUUCUGAUCCAGACCAAUGGUCCCCUAACCAAGGAUGUAAAGCGGGUUCUUGUCGAGAAGCAGGCCGUCAUCCAGGAGAAGGUGUCGGACGACACGUAUCUCUGCAAAUACACGCCCGAGGUCCUCUCCGAUAUCCGUGCAUUACCCUUCAUCACGUAUGCCAACGUCUACCAACCGCACUUUGUCAUUGACGCGCGCCUCAAGGAGACGGCAAACCCGGCCUCGCCGCCACAGGCCCUCUUGCCGACCCCGGCUCCCACCUCGCGCCUGGUGACGGUCGACGUCCAGUUCCACGCCGGCGUCACCGUGACUGCCGAGCUGACCAGCGCCCUUGCGGCGGCGGCACGCCUCGACGAGGAGUUCCUCGCCGCCGAGGACCACAAGGCGCGCAUUGCCGUGCAGCGCCGGUACCUGGCCGACGUGGCCGCCCUGGACGCGGUCAAGAGCAUCCGCGAAGUUCACCCCGUCAAGCUGCACAACAACGUGGCGCGCGGCAUUCUCAACGCGCACCGCGCGGUGCACCCCGCCAACGGCACGCAGUACGAGGGCGAGGGCCAAAUCGUGUGCGUGUCCGACACGGGCUUCGACAAGGGCUCGCUCGACGCGGCCAAGGUGCCCGACUCCUUCAAAGACGGGUCACGCGUGCGCGUCAAGGCGCUGUACGCGCUAGGGCGCAAGGAGACGCGCAAGCGCAACGGCACCAUGGUGCCGGCCACGUCGUCGGACCCCGACGGGCACGGCACGCACGUGUGCGGGUCGGUGCUCGGCGACAGCACGUCGGCGGCCAUGGGCGGGCGCAUCCAGGGCACGGCGCCCAAGGCGACCCUGGUCAUGCAGUCGCUGCUCGACGCGCGCGGCGCCCUGGGCGGCAUCCCGCCCGACCUCAAGAAGCUGUUUGCGCAACCGUACGUCGACCACGGCGCCCGCAUCCACACCAGCAGCUGGGGCGCGGCGCCCGACCCGUGGGAGCAGAUCCCGUACGACGACAGCUCGACCGAGAUUGACGAGUUCGUGGCCACGCACCGCGACAUGGUGAUCCUCUUCGCCGCUGGCAACGACGGGCAGGACGGCGACCGCGACGGCCGGGUCGACGCGAAGCAGGUCAUGUCGGAGGCGGCGGCCAAGAACUGCAUCUCGGUGGGCGCGUCCGAGUCGCUGCGGCCCGAGCAGAAGCGCAUCUACUCCAUGUGGGGGUUCGGCAGCAAGCCGCUGUCGACGGACAACGUGGCGAACCGCGCCGAGGGCAUGGCGGCCUUUUCGUCGCGCGGCCCGACGGUCGAGGGCCGCGUCAAGCCCGACGUGGUGGCGCCGGGCACGUGCAUUCUAUCCACGCGCAGCUCGAUGCCGGGCGUGGUCGACACGCAGGACUGGGGCGUCAGCAAGGACGCCAAGUUCAUGUUCGAGGGCGGCACGUCCAUGGCCACGCCGCUGGCCGCCGGCUGCGUGGCCGUGCUGCGCGAGACGCUGGUCAAGAACGGCACGCCCAGCCCGAGUGCUGCGCUGAUCAAGGCCCUGCUCAUCAACGGCGCCGUCGAGCUCCCCGGCCAGUACAACCCGUCCGAGGCUGGCAAGAGCCCCAACGACUCGAGCGGCUGGGGGCGCAUCGACGUGGCCAACAGCGUCGUCACGGCCGACGGCACCGCGGGGUUCCGGGACGAAGUGGCCGGCGAGGCCCUCGACACGUUUGACGAGUUCCAGUUCGCGAUUCCAGUCAAGGGGCCGGGCCCGGCGACGCUCAAGGUGACGCUCGUGUGGACGGACCCGGCGGGGGCGUCGCUGCAGAACGACCUCGACCUGAUCGUGGUGGCGGCCGACGGAGCGACGGAGCGGCACGGCAAUAAGGGCGCGCAGAGCUUCCCGGCCAAGACGACGGCGCAGCGCGACGCCGACGAGGCCGCCACCCCGGCGCUGUCGCACGGCGAUGAGCCGUUCGACCGCGUCAACAAUGUCGAGCAGGCCGUCUGGGAGGCUGUCGGCGCCGGUGAUGUGGCCGUCAUCGUGCGCGCCCACAAUGUCGGCUUAGACGGGCAGACGUUUGCACUGGCUUGGAAGGUUUACUACUGAGUAUACUUGGUUCAAUAACAACUAAGGGUGAGCUGUCAAGGGGGUCUGGAUGAGACUGGCAACUGUUCAUCAUUAAUCAUGAAAUUAUGGACACGUCCACUAACUAGACUAGGCUAAGG